AUGGGUAUAGAUAUUGGGUUUCAAUUAAACCCACAAAACUGGCAUAUUAACAAUAAGCAAAGUUUAUCCGCUCAGGAUCUUGAAAUUAGAAAACGGAUUUACUGGGGUUGUUAUACUGCAGACCAUUUUAUAAGUCUAUUGUUGGGUAGACCUUGCCAGUUACGACUCUCAAUUUCGACUAUUCCACAUUCCGAUAAUCUACCAUUACCGAAGAAUAUCGAAAGUUUCGAAUUUUAUGAUCCAAGUUUUAGGUAUAAAGUUGCUUUACCUUUAAAAAAAAAUGUGAGCUUAUUCUCUUUAUCUGCUAACUAUUUUUAUAAAAUAUUUAUUGCUGAAAAACGUGUUAAAAUAACUGAAUUACAUGAAUAUAAUCAUGAAGUGAUGAAAUGGAGAAGAGAAUUGCCAGAGAACUUAUCUUGGAAUCAAAACAACUUGAAGUCAGAUAAGUACGAUCCAUGUGUUAUGGGCUUGCGCUAUACUUAUUACAUUAUGUUGCUUUGCUUUAAUAGACCAUUUCUUUCUUCUCAUACUGACAAUUCAGAUAAUUCACCAAUGCUGAUUUGUUACGAAAUAAUCAACGACCUAUACAUUGUGAUACUGAAAUUUUUAAAGGACUUUAAUGCUAAGGAGAAGACUUCGUUAUUGAUUACCUACGCAUCAAUUAUGUCCAUCAGUGUUAUCUUAACUUCACUUGAAAACUCGCCUAAUGAAGAAUUGGAUAUAAAAUUGGAUUUGUUUUUAAAAGUUUUAAAAUUUGGAAAUUGGAAGCUUUCCAGGAAGAGCUAUGAACUAAUCUGUCUUAAUAUAAAUAAAGAUGAUAAGGAAAACAUUGAUAAUGCUAGAUACACUCAAAUAGAAUCGAGAGAAUUCCCAACGCCUGAUAUAAUAAAAAUGGAUGGACAGGAAGACUUCUUUGGAGAUUUUGCCAUUCCAAGUUUAGAAAGCUUUAUUAAUUUUAAUGAAGACUUGUUUAAUAUAAAUGAUGCUUUAGGUUUUGCUGAUUUAUUUGAUUAG